AUGGGGACAGCAGAUUUAACAUACCGAAAAUUAGUAUAUCAGAAGGAUAUGUCAGAAUAUUGUCGUCGUCAGGUGAUACCUGCUGUGUUUCUUGGCAAACAAGUAGUGGAUGCCAAUUCGCAAAUAUUGCACUUCUCUCGAUUAGAAAUGCCGUACAGUUGCUUCAUAACUGUUAGGACGGAAAUGGGCAGUAACAUCAUAGUUGUGAUUCAAGUAGUAAUUGAUAUAAAUUUGCAAAAAUCCUGUAAGAAAGGUAUACAUCAGCUGCGUAUUCACGAAGUAGGAGAGACGUUUGGAGGAUACUGGGGGCAGAUGCCGGACAGCGUGUUGAGACCUCGAAGGAGCAAAAACGAUAACACUUACACUUUGAGGCCCAGUCCCACUCAGCCACCUACAACUACUACUGAAAGUACUACGACUUCACCACCCACAGAAAAAAUUGUUCUAAAUAAGACUGCAGUCGCACACAAGCAUGCACAGGAUGACGGAUACAUUGGAAUAGUAGUGCCAAUCUUAAAUGUUUCUGCUAUUAUAGUCCCCGGUAAAAUAGAUAGCGGCUUCUUGUUAACUACAGAAGAUAAUUUUGAUAACGUUUUUGAUGUCACACCUCGAAAUGGAGAGUCCUAUAUUACAAAAGAGGUACCUUUGCUUGAAAUCGAGUUAAAUAAAACUAGAGGCAGUUUACGUAAUAGUAACAACUACAAUGAAGAUGACUCCCUUUCUCAGUUCCAAAUAGAAAUAAACAAUAUAUUUACACCGGACCCAAGAUUAAUGUUUACCGAUUAUGGUGAACGCACUUUUAAGAGAAAAUCCCAUAAGUAUCGCCCUAAUGUACUUAAACGACUAGACUUCAAGAAACAUAACAAUCUUUUUGUAGCAAAACGAGCACAACACAACAAAAGGCCCUCGUAUAAAAAUCGGCGACCACACUUAAAUAUAGUUCCAGCAAACUCUAAACUAAAAGAUGUUAGGCACCCUGUUACUCAUAGAAGUGAAGAAACUGAAGUGAAGUCUCAUUAUUGGGAUGCUAUCCAUGACAUUUUAAACAACCUGAGUAAAAGUAGCGAAGUUUUCACCCAACCACCGCACAAGGAAUUAGCUAACAUUUUACGUGGAGCAUCUAAUAACAGAUUUAAUGAAAAUGUAACAAGUCAAAACCAAAAUCAUGUGUCAGAUAAACCUUCUAAGAUAGAAUUAAAACCAUUGAAUGGCACAGAUGGUACUGGAAAUCUGGAUUCUUUGGCUGUUUCUUUGGUAGAUCACGAGUCUUUUGAGAACAUAGUUCAGUCAGCUUCAGCGAUGGCCGUUAAGUUAAACCAAACUAAAGUAAGCGAUGUUUAUACAGCUGAAGAAGAAAUACCGGUCCACAGGCUACAGCGGAGUAGAAUUCGUAAGAAGCGUUAUCUAAGUGCUAUUGAAAUUAAAGGGGCAAAACCGCAUCAAAGACAUAAAAUGAAACACAUGACUACAACUAAAGCAGGGAUACAGUUCAAUAAGAGACAGUUUCAGAGGCUUAUUGAAUUUCAGGAUGAUGAGAUGAGUGAACGAGUAGCUAUGCAGUACCUGCCAGAGUUCAUGGGACAGCCAGUGCUGGACUUCUGUGACUUUAAUGAGACUACCACUAAAUACGUCUUUCUCUUUAAUACCUCCAGACUUGUAUUGGCACUUUCUAAUUUCACUAUAAAACGUAUGACUGUAGUAUUGACGCCAUCACGGACCUUGCAAAAUAGCGAAUUGAGAUGUGGACCCUCACACAUCGAGUGUCAAAUUUCGGGGGCCCGCGUCUGCAUCGACUCCCUCAGUGCUUGUGAUGGAGUGCCAAACUGCGGUUCCUUCGACAUAUAUGACGAAGACCGUCUCAGUUGUGGCGCAGCAUCUGGUUUUCGUCACAACGUAUGCCUUGCUGCUAUAACAUUCCUAGCCGUCCUCCUCACUGUACUUUAUACCAUACAUUAUUGGCUCAAGCGAUGUGUUCCCAAGGUGUCAGACGCGUUUUUCAUUUAUACAGAUGCUGCGGAGAAUGUUUUAUAUUUAGACUCAAUUAUGAAGUCUCCGCAUGAUAUACGAGUUAGUAAAGACUUUUUCUGCGGGGUUCGAGAACUUCUGGAGUACGAAAAUCAAAUUACAAAACAAAAUGUUUUUAGAAAAUUUAUGACAAGAUGCCUCCCGGUUUUACGAUUUUGGCGUAAAAAGUCUGCAGAUGAAGUUGUAACAGCAGAUAUUGAUCAAUUGUGUUCAGAAAGAUUAUCGGCUUUUGCUGAACUAGAAAUACAAAAUAUGACAACACAUGUGGAAUCUCUAAAGGAUACAGCUGUUCAAACUGGAUCCAGCUUACACGAGAUGCUGGAUAUUUCUCCUUCUAUCUACAGCAAGGAUGUCGAAUUUCCAUCAAGAAAAUUCGUGACAUCAUCAACGGAAGCUGUACAGCUCUUGCAGGUCGAAUCAGAUUCAUCUCAACCUUCAGAUGAGUUAAACAUAUUACAAUUCUUAAGGAAGCUAAGAGUGAGAUCUAUUUCUUUGCAACAAGACACUUUGCAAAAUGAUAUAUAUGAGUUAAGAAACAACCCUGGUGAAUCGUCAACUGAAUCUCCAACGAAAGAGAAAGAAAUUCGAAGUGAGAUGUAUGAACAUGAUUACUAUGAAAUUGACAAAAAAGGCAUAAUGGAGCAACCACGAACAAGUGAGGGAAAAUUGUCUUGUGACAUAAAUGACAAGCCAACUGUGAAGCAUUUGAGGUUUCAGGAUGACGCAAUAGUUUUGUCACCCAAAGAGCCAGAGGAUGAUACUCUGGAGCGUGGUUUAUUUCCAAGACGCAGCAUUAUAUUUGGGGUUAACAAGGUAUUUCGUAUACAAGAGCCAGAGGAAGUCUCAAAUGAUGCUGAAGAAUCAGCUACUAGUAGUGGCAGAGAGUUAAAAUCAUAUUUUAAUUGGGGCAAAGAGAAAAAGAAAAAGAAGCCUAAAAAGAAGUAG